AUGGACGAGUAUUUAAGAUUGGUUGCACUGUGUGCAAUCUGCUUGGCCUUUCAAUUCCUGCGAACCCGCUAUCAUGGAGGCCUCAAUGCUAUCCCCGGACCGUUCUCUGCAAGCUUUUGCAAUCUCUGGAAGAUCUUGGCUGUCUAUAACGAUGACAUGCCACGGCGUAACAUAUCUGUACACCAGAAGUAUGGACCAGUUGUCCGAAUCGGUCCAAAGCACGUCUCCUUCUCAAGCCCCGAGGCGCUCCAUAUUAUACAUGGAUCGAGACAGGCAUAUCCUAAAUCCGACUUUUAUAAGCCAGCAGCAGCCCCGUUCGAAGGCAGCCCACUGCUGAAUCUAUUUUCAGUGCGAGAUGUUAACUACCACUCUUCGCUUAAAAAGGUCAUCGGUGGUCUAUACACGAAAGCUGCCGUACUGGGCCUAGAAUCCAAAAUUGAUACUUGUGUGGAAAUGUUCACAAAUCAAUUGCGAAAUCGGACUCGGGAUGAUGGUCCGACCAAUGUGGAUAUGUCCCUAUGGGUACAUCUUUUCGCGUUUGAUUGCCUCGGGGAGCUGAAUGUAUCCAAGAAAUUCGGAUAUCUGGAUACCGGCAGAGAUUUCAAUGGAUUUAUUGAAGGCUCUGACAAAGUACUGAUCAAAACUGGAUUGAGCUCCGAAAGGCUCAACCAGACAAGCUUUCUAUUCGAGAUAUCACAGGAUCAAUUUACAUCAACCUGUAGGUCUCGUGAGCCAUCAUUGGUAAAGGAAACUAUUGACAAGAACUGCCUUAGUAUGGCGGGUCACGACGUACUUGCUGUUACUCUCAGAACGAUCUUGUACUACGUUGCUCGGUCUCCUCGAGUCGAGGACAAGCUCCGUGCUGAGCUCGCCACCUUAGUAACGCACUAUGGGUCGACGGAUGCAAUACCCUACACAGAGACCUCGAAGCUGCCUUAUUUAGGAGCCGUCAUCAACGAAUCCUUGCGUAUCCAUGGAAAUUUAGGUCUCAUCAACGAGCGUGUCACACCGCCAGAGGGUGCCCGUAUUGAUGGAUACCACAUACCCGGCGGAACCAUCGUGGGAAUAAACCCAUGGGUAAUUCAUCGUAAUACCGAGAUCUUCGGAGAAGAUGUCGAGACCUUCCGGCCAGAACGAUGGCUGGAUGGACCCGAAGACAGAAUUCAGGAGAUGAAAAGAAACUUGUUUUCGUUUGGCGCCGGUCCUCGGAUGUGCAUAGGAAAGAAUAUCGCUAUGAUGCAGAUUUACAAAUUCAUAACCGAGUUCUACCGUCACUUCACUUUUGAGCUUGCCUCACCAGAGAAGGAUUGGCACGUAAUCGGUAAUUGGGUUACCAAACAGACCGAAAUGGAUAUGCUUGUGACACAGGCAAAACCUGGGCGGGUUUGA